CAAGACAUGUGAUUAGCAUUUCUGUCUGCUACCAAGUUUGCCCUCCAGUCCGCCUGCUCUGCCUUCAGAGGGAAUACUGCCUGCAGGCUAUUCUGUCAACAACAAGCAGCAGUCUGUGUGCUGACUCUAAUCCAUCACAACCAUCAUGCCCGGCACCACACCAGCGAAGAAGUUGGACCUCUCCAAGCUCACUGAUGAGGAGGCCAAACAUGUGUGGGCCGUCGUCCAGCGAGACUUCGACCUGAGGAAGAAGGAGGAGGACAGACUCGGGGACCUGAAGACCAAGAUUGAAAAAGAAGACACCAAGAGAGAGCUGUUGGGCAACCAGAGCAGCCUGACCGAGUCCUACUGUAUCCGAUGUCUCCAGCCCUUCAAGUUCCUGGUCAACAGCAAGCGUCAGUGUUUGGACUGUCAGCUGUACACCUGCAAGUCCUGCAGCCGCUACAACAAGAAGGAGCAGGGCUGGGUGUGUGACCCCUGUCGCAUGGCCAGGGUCCUGAAGAUCGGUACAUUGGAGUGGUACCAUGAAAAUGUUCGAGCCCGCUUCAAGCGCUUCGGCAGUGCCAAAGUGAUGCGAUCGCUGUUCAAGAGGUUGAGCGGAGGACACAGUCACUCCCAGGAUGACCUUGAAGAUGGAUACGAGGAGCACAGCAUGGAUGCAGCUGAUUCACAACACUACAAAGCGAUGAAAAAGGCCAAAAGGAGGCUUCCUGUUGAUCCCUUUGACUUUGAGCUGGGCCGUAAAUACUCCUCAGACUCCAGAGGACGGUCAAACCAGGCCCCCGUCUCUAAUGACAUCAUGGACGUAGACGAAGGUGUGAGGGAGUCGAGGCUGGCUGAGGCGGAUAUGGCCUCUGUUUUUCACCAGAUUUUGGUGGAGCAACACAAAGAGGUGGAGCUGGCUUCACCGCAAGACGAUCUUGCGUACUCAGACAACCGGACUAUUCCUUCUCGCUCCAUCUCCCGGCUCAGUCACUCCUCAUGUGGCAGCGGUGGUGCUUGGGGUCCUCGAGACAGCAGCAGCUAUCUGCCGGGUCUCGAAGACUCUGAGGAGGAGGAGGGGGAGGAGGAAGACCACUCCCGGAACUUUCCCCUGUACCAGUCUCAUCUGGGCCCCUGCAGCCACACCUCCCAGGAGAGUCUGAACUCAUCCAACCCUCCACCACAGAUCACCGACAUGAACAGACGCAUGUCGGCCAUCGAAACCCUCUUAAACCACCUGGAGCAGAAGGUCACGUCACCAUAUGACCAGACCAGCCAGCCUCCUCUGACUCCAAACAGCACCUCUCCUCUCCCUCAGUGGGAGGAGGUGGACUUAGAGGAGCAGCAGCUGAGGCAGAAGCUGAACGAGCUGACGGACAACAUCAGCGACCACAGCCUGACCUCCGAUGAAGAAGAGGAGUCCACCAGGCCACACUCCUCCCAAGAAGUCCCAGCAUGGAGGAGUCAUGAGGUGGAUGCCAAACCGUCCAGACUGCCGACCAGACCCACGUCCAGAACCAGCAGUGUCACCUCCAGAGUGGAGGAAGAGCAGCCUCGGCGCACUGACUCACAGAAGACAAACCAUUCGACUGACAGUCUGGAGAGGAAGCGGCUCCCUCUAGAGGAGGGACCAGCAGCAGGCUUCAAAGGCUCAUCAGCCUUACUGUGUGAACUGGAGGACCAGGUAGCUCAAGCUGCUGCUAACGUCCAGAACGCCCAGAGUGAAGUGUCUUACAUAGAGAACAGGAUUGCUGCACUGAAUGCUGCUGGCAUGCCGGUGGAUAAAAGAAGAAGGUCUGCGAUCCCGGUCCAAGCAAGAAGACUUUCCCACAACUUUCCCACAAACCAGGUGGACAACUUUGUGAGGAACUCCCCCUACAGGGGCUCCCUGACUCAGAGGACCGCAGUGGCCAAGCCCAAACCCAGGGCUACCUUUGCGAAACCGGUAAUGACUCAGGGCUCAUGAGGAGGCGGCUCAGCAUUUUGUGACUAAUCACUUCUUUUAUUGUCCUGGUUUGUUUUUAGAUUUUUUAUUACAAUUCUCUGCGAUCGACUCGGACGGGGGCUGUUUUAAAUUUGUAUUUCAGCAUGUUGACCUGUGAACUGUAGAGUCAUUGUCUUGGUCUAGAUCUCAAAUAUAUUUAUUGUUUAAUUGAUGUGAACUACAAUUUAACGCUUGACACUAGACCUGCAUCUUUUUAACAUGUGAGGUCAUUCAUAACAACUUCACCUUAAUGUGAAAAAGCAUUUUUGAUUUGACAAAUUGUUCUGAAAUCUACACGCUUUUAUUUCAAUUAUUUGCAAGGUACAAAAAUAAAUGAGAAAAAAAAGAAACUUUUUCAAAAGCAUUACCAAAGAAUUAGCAUUUUCUGCUUUGUAAUAAUUUAACAUUUUAUAUUUAAUUGGUUUAGUUUAUAUCUUUGUAAACAGUUGAUACUGAUCCUAAGCGAAAAGUUGAAUUAUGAAAUCAGAGCAGGUCCUGCAGGUCUCACCUGGUUAUUGGUUAUUAGGUAUUUAAAUGUUGUUGCUUUUGUAUUGAUGUGAAUGAUGUUAGACAUGUUUUAACAUUUUCUACAUGAUCAGUAAUGUUUACAUCAACAGCUCACGUUUCAUUCUGAAGGCGGUACUUUCCGCAUUUAUACUCUAAUUUUAUUAAAAUACUUCUCCUUGAA